AUGCGUCUCACGCAGUCACUCCUUUCUUCCGCAGCGGCGGUGCUGUCAUUCACCGUCGCCGCCAACGCGCAAACCGCAACGACGACUGCCAGAGGCUCAGCACCAACGGGGGGGACCGCGGAACCUUACCAGGUCCAGAGCCCGCCCCUCGACACAGACUGGACAACCCAGGUCGGAACGAAGCCGUGGCCGGAACACCCACGCCCGCAGCUCCGCAGAGAGAAAUGGCUCAAUCUGAACGGCCUGUGGACCUACCGGGCCGCGAGCGCUGACGACGAUGUCAAUCACCCGCCGACCAGCGCCGUGCUCGACCGGGAAAUUCUCAUUCCGUCGUGCAUUGAGAGCGGAUUGUCUGGGAUACAGGAGCUCGGUGUCACUCACUUUUGGCUCGCAACGACGUUCCAAGUGCCCAGUAGCUGGGGAAACCAAUCGGUGCUUCUCAACUUUGAAGCUGUUGACUACGAGGCGACCGUUUUCAUCAAUGGUCAGAAGGCUGGUUUCCACCGUGGAGGAUACUUCCGCUUCACGGUUGAUGCGACGCCCUACCUCAAUGCUGGUGGAGACAACACUUUGCUGGUGUUUGUGUUUGAUCCCACAGACGCGGAUGGAUACGUAAUCCCAAUUGGCAAGCAGACGAGGGCCCCUUCGCACAUUUUCUACCGGUCAUGCUCUGGUAUCUGGCAGACGGUCUGGCUAGAGAGCACACCGUCAACCUACAUCACCAAGCUGGAUCUCUCAGCUGACCACAACGGAAAUGUGAAUGCGCUUGUCCACAGCUCCUCCAACACCUCAUCGAAGGUUCAAAUUACGAUCCUCGACAACGACGGGAAUCCAGUAGGAACGGGCAACGGCAGCUCGGGAACUGCGUUCAACUUCACCGUGCCAUCCCCAGACGCUUGGUCUCCGACAAACCCCAACCUGUACAACAUCACCUUGAGAUUAGGCAGCGACGAAGUUUUCAGCUACACUGGCUUCCGUACAAUUUCAACCGGGAUCGUCGGCGGCAUCAAGCGUCCGCUACUUAACGGAGAGUUCAUCUUCAUGUUCGGAACCCUCGACCAGGGUUACUGGCCCGAUGGGCUCCAUACCCCUCCGAGUGUAGAGGCAAUGACCUACGAUCUGAAGGUUAUCAAGAACAUCGGAAUGAACAUGGUUCGCAAGCACAUCAAAGUUGAGCCAGACCUAUUCUACCACGCUUGCGACACCCUUGGCCUGCUGGUCAUCCAGGACAUGCCAAGUCUGCCAUCCAACGCGGCUCGACUACCAAACGCCGACCAACAAGCCGAAUUUGAGCGUCAGCUGAAGCUCAUGGUUGAGGAGCACAAGAGCUAUACCAGCAUCGUCACUUGGACUAUCUACAACGAAGGCUGGGGCCAACUCAGGGAUGCGCCUUACCCCGAGGCCCACUUGGUUGAAGUCGUUCGCGGAAUCGACCCCACGAGACUCAUCAAUGCCAACAGCGGCUGGUAUGAUCACGGAUUCGGUGACUACUCUGACAACCACCACUACGCUAACCCUCAAUGUGGCACACCGUUCUACUCUCUCGCAUCUUCUCCCUACGAUAAGAAACGCAUCGGAUUCCAGGGCGAGUUUGGAGGCAUUGGCCACAAUGUUUCGAUUGAGCACCUUUGGAACGUGAAGCAAGCCAUCGACUCGAUCGAUUCAACCUACGAAAUCAUCGAGAACCUCGAAGCCUACAACUACCGUGGGCGCGUCCUCUUGAGAGAAUUCCGCGAGCAGGUCGAGAUGUACGCCUGCAGCGGCGGCGUUUGGACACAGACGACCGAUGUCGAAGGCGAGGUCAACGGCCUGGUCACCUACGACCGCCGUGUCCUCCGGCCCGAUCUCGCACAAUGGCAGGUCGACAUCCGGGCCCUGUUUGACGCUGCGAAGGCCCGGAGCGGCCCGGUUAAUGGCACCAUGUAA